AACGUCAGCGAAGAAGUGUUAAGUUUGUAAACAGAGGGAUAUGGCUGACGAUAGGGGUGGAGGCGACAACAACGAGAACAUGGGCAACCAAUUACAACUAAUACCUGGCAAUGAGGAAGAAGAGGAAGACGAAAUGGAGACCGAAGACCGGGACAGUGAGGAUGCUGAAAAGCCCAGCAUUAACUUUGACCCCAGUCUUCCCACUUCACACUCUUACUUGGGCGCAGACAUGGAGGAGUUCCACGGUCGUACAGUGCAUGAUGACGAUAGUUGCCAGACCAUCCCAGUGCUGCCGCACACAUCAGUCAUGUUGAUCCCUGGGCAGACACUGCCGUUGCAGCUCUUCAGGCCACAGGAAGUCAGCAUGAUGCGCACUGUAAUCCAGAGAGACCGUACCUUCGCCGUGCUCGCUCACAGUGACACAGGUGAUCCACAAGCUGAGUUUGGGACCACAGCUGAGAUCUAUGCGUACCGAGAGGAGCAGGAGUAUGGCAUCGAGACUGUGAAAGUGAAGGCCAUUGGCAGGCAGAGAUUCAAGGUCCACGAGAUCAGAACUCAGGCUGACGGGAUCAGACAGGCUAAGGUGCAAAUCCUGCCAGAGUGUAUCCUACCAGACCCCCUUACAGCGGUGCAGCUGACUCCCCUGUCCCGCCUCCACAUGCAUCCCUCCUCCAGACCUCCCACACAGAGCUGCAAGCAGGCCCAGUGCUGGUGGAACACUUAUCGCCAGAGGAAGUUCCAGUGUGCAAAUAUGACCUCAUGGCCACCCUGGGUCUAUGCCCUCUAUGACUCUGAGACUCUGAUGAACAGAGUAAAGAAACAGCUUCACGAGUGGGAUGAGAACUUGAAGGAUGAUUCCCUCCCUACAAAUGCCAUUGACUUCUCCUACCGAGUAGCAGCCUGUCUGCCCAUAGACGAUGCCCUGAGGCUUCAGCUGCUCAAGAUCGGCAGUGCCAUCCAGAGGCUGCGCUGUGAGCUGGACAUAAUGGACCGGUGCACUUCUCUGUGCUGUAAGAACUGCCACGACACAGAGAUCACCACUAAGAAUGAGAUCUUCAGUCUCUCUCUGUAUGGCCCCAUGGCAGCUUAUGUUAACCCUCAUGGCUAUGUCCACGAGACCCUCACCGUCUACAAAGCAAGCAACCUCAACCUGGUCGGCAGGCCAUCCACACUGCACAGCUGGUUUCCAGGGUACGCCUGGACCAUCGCUCAGUGCCAGACCUGUGGCUCUCACAUGGGCUGGAAGUUCACGGCCACAAAGAAGGACUUGGCGCCGGCCCGCUUCUGGGGCUUGACCCGCUCUGCCAUGCUGCCAAGGAUCCCUCAGAGUGAAGGGGAAGAAGGGGACGAAGGCUCUCGCCUGCUCUGCCUGUGACCACCGACCAUAACACACCCCUCGGCACCCAGGUCUUCUACCAGACAACCUUUGACAAAGGUCUCCCCCUCGCUCUCUUCCUGUCUCACUCUUGCUCUCCUUCCCCCAACUAAUCAGUACCUCCCACCCACCCUUGACGAAAGCCCUGACAGCAAAUCUAUCAUGUUAGUGUAAAGGUCAUAUAACCUCUCAGUGACACUUUACAACACAGAAAAUGAAGGAAAGAAAAAACUAGAGGGGCCUGUUUUGUCCUAAAUUAAAAGAAUGGGGGAGGGAUAAGGUAUACAGGAGGGUGAAACCAUUAUUGAUUUGGGCAGGCGUAUCAUCCUAAUAGCAUGCUACUCUUACAUCUACUGCUACUUUCUGCUAAAGACCAACACAUGCUCGGUACUAUAUGCAUCACCCUGUCCACUCCACCGUACGGUGAUGUGUGUGUGUGUGACCCUGCAUGCAGUCAAGCUGGGAGAGACAAUGAGGGUUCCAAACACUUGUCAGGAGAAAUUCCUAGCCCCUUAUUAGUGUUUCACAACAACUAAUCAAUAGAGAUUCACUUUGGAUUCAGGUCCAGAGUUAGACCUACGUCAUUCUUUGAGACAGUGUACUUUAGCAGAGAGAUAAACUAUUCAAGAUUAAAGAUGGAACUUGUUUAUUUUGGGAAGAUCAUAUCAUAUGCUUUGACUUGGGGACACAAGGCUGUGUAUUGAUAUUUGAGAGUUUAGUCUGGUGGCCAGGCACAAAUGUGCCUGCAUUUUGAGCAAGGUGGAAUGACAACAUGUCUGGCUAUUAUGUCAUGCAUUUGGGACAUGUUAUUCAUUUUCUUUGUAUUAUAACAUUGAUUUGUCAAAAGAGAAUAUGUAAAAUACAUGUAGAGAAAUUGUACUUAUAUUGAUAUUUUGUAAAGAAAGAUAGGGUUAGGGUCACAGGAUACUGGACCUAUGAAGACGAGCAUCACUUUGAGUUUCUUCAUAUUUGUGAGUGAAGGCUUACAUGUUCGAUGCCUGGUGUAAAAAUGACUGGGUUAGGGCAGAAAGCACUGAAUUUACUGAGACUUUUUUUGAGAACAGCAGUCGAUCCUUUCCCUGAUUAUUUGUGUUUGGGAUGUUUGUGAUUACUGACAAGGUUUGUUGGUGUACUACUGGACUACUGUUUGUUCUCUAUCAGUGUCUUAUAGGUAUGUUAUUGCAGAGUUAUAGAAUAACCUGGAACAGUAAGUGGUAAAUUGCAAUGUCAUAUCAAGAGUUGAACUUUUUCUUUUAUCAGUGGCUUUUAAAUUGUACUUCUAGUACUUCAAAAUUGCACUUCCAAGGUUAUUUUGGCUCAUGUUUGUAAAAAUAUAACUGUAACCAAGCCAUGAUUGCAACUCUGGUUUGAUAUAACUACAUUGUAUCUUUGCUGGUCCCUUCCGUAGCCUACAGGUAUUUCCAAUGUUGGAACAAGUACGUCUUUGUUUUGAAGUGUCACAAAGCAAAGUAAUUGGAUGCAAUAAAUGUUUUACAUUACAA